AUGCAGCAACAACAACAACAACAACAGCAACAACAACAGCGGAGAGGAUUCUUUUCGUCAUCUUCCAACGACUUGGACAAUCCUACCAAUAUUCCAUUUGAUCCGCUUCAGCAAUCUUCCGCAAUAGUCCUGAAACAACCCAAUGAAGAAUUGUCGGAACUCGAACAAAAGCUCAAGGAAGCCCUUCAACAGUAUUCCGAAUACAUGAAAGAAAAUAAUAACAAUAGUAAUACUACUACAACAAUUGACGACCCCAACAAUCACGAAUUGUUGGCACAAGAUUUUGGAUACGAAGAACGGAUGGAAGCACUUCAACAAGUGUACAUGGAUAUGGGAUACUGGUCAGAAGCUUUGGGGAUUGAACAGACCAAAUGUGCCUUGUAUUUUGAGGAUGGCACAGAGGAACAUGCCGACUCGAUUCAUGCCCAAGGCAAAUUGUGGCUCCGACAGGAAGAAUUUGGCCAUAGCAAGGCCUUGUACGACCGAGCCUUGGAAUUUUUUGAAAACUCCAACAACCAAGUGCAAGUGGGACACGUCCUCAUUUCCUUGGCCGGGUGGUAUUACUUUCAGAAUCAAAUGGACGUGGCCAUGAAACACCUUUGUAAGGCGGAACCCUUGUUGGAUUCGAAUUCACCCUUGUUGGUCAAGUGUUUGGACAAUCAGGGAUUGGUGCAUCGACUGUGGGGAGACUAUCAUGCGGCCUUGGAUAAAUAUCAACAAGCAUUGCAAGUGGUGGAUCCAAUCAAGGAGAAAGAGACGAGGCAUGCCUUGCUCAUGCAUCUGGGGGAUAUGUACCAAGCGAUUGAAGAACCUCAAGAAGCAUUGCAAGUAUAUCAUGAUUUGGUCCAAGAAAUGGAACGAGAAACAACGGGAGAAGCUGUGGCCGGCGACACGGCAAUCAAGGGAAUGCAAGGCGUCUUGUGGCACAACAUUGCCACCAUUCAUGUCGAUUUUGGAGACUACGAACUGGCCUUGGAUGAGUUUGACCGUGCCAUUCAACUCAAGACGGAAAUGGGCGGUGCCAAUCACCCCGAAGUGGCCAAAACCUGGAACUCCCUAGGAGUCUUGCACGCAGGAGCCUUGCGACAAUUACCAAAGGCCAGGGAAUGUUUUCAGCAUGCCUUGAUGAUUGCUCGGAUCAAUGCGGAUGAUCCAUCGACUGAUGAAGAUGUGAUUCAUAUUUUGCAAAACAUUUCGCAUAUUGAACAGAAAUUGAACCGAUGA